GCCUUUAAAAGCUGGGGCUCAAACUCCAGGCUCGUCACUCCGAAGUGAAGCUUCAUCAGCCUCAACUCAAGCCCUUCUUUCUUGUCGUCGACAGCGAAAGCAGAAAACCCCGAAAGCAAAAUGGCCGCCGCUAUUCAAGCUCUCCUCGUCCUCGCCCUCUUUCACCUCGCCACUGCGACGCCUGUCGUUGGCAAGCAGACUGUGAGCACUGUAUCUACGGGAUUCCUGGGCCACCCUGUGGGAGGCCUGGGCUAUGGAGGCCUGGGCUAUGGAGGCCUAGGCUAUGGAGGCCUGGGCUAUGGAGGUCUGGGCUAUGGAGGUCUGGGCUAUGGAGGUCUGGGCUAUGGUGGUCUGGGCUAUGGUGGUCUCGGCUAUCACGGAGCGGCCCUUGGAGGUGCCUACACGCACCAUGCUGCCCUCGGCGGACUCGGCUACCCCCUCGGCAUUGGCGCUGGUGUGGUGGCUCCUCACGCGGUGAAAGGCAAAAUCGCUGCCCCUUUGGCGCCUUUUGUUGGUGCCAUCUAGGUCGUCACCGUGACAGGAGAAUUGCUGGAUGAUCGUUGCCUUGCCGCACCAGCCCUGUGUCCUGUCUGCAGUCACUUCAACCAGAAGUGGUGCCUGCGGAAGUGACUCAAGACUCCGGUGAAGAAGUGACUUGACCAAUGUUAUGGACAGCCGUCGCCAACCACCACCCACCAAAGGGGCAUAGGUUCACCACCUACUCCCCUCCCAUACCUGCCCAUUCAUACCGACUGACCCACCCAUCCUACUCAAGUCCUUGACUCUCACACACCUUCUUGUCAUCGGCGCGAUGGUAUCUUUUCGCCGUUCAUUAAGUUCCUGACUCCCCUAAUCCCAAGCCAACUUCCUGAAAAUCAAGCCCUUGAGUGCGUGAGUGAGUAUAUGAGCGUGUGUCAGAGUGAGUGCGCGACGCAAAUGAGUAGGCGGGUGUGCCGGCGUCUGUCCUUAACGUUUUUCUGAACUUCUCGGCAUUAACACAAACAACGAUGAAUUAACACGACCUGAAAAAACGAAAUAUACCACGAAUAGCCAAAAUUUUAAUAUAUAUUUUAAAACGAACCAUGGCAUUAAUCGUAAAAAAAUCUAAAUCUGGUGGCGAGGGGAGCACGCACAGAUUCUGAUUCUUCAAUCAAGGGGAGUGAAUCAAACGGGCGGUUGAAAUUACUCUGUGAUUAAAGCUGUUAACGUUAACUAAAAUAUAUGAAAAUGUUAAUAAUAAUGGGACUUAGGAAUCGACUGUUCGACAGUAACCAACAAGAAUUCAGCUAGAUUGGAACGGUGGGUGCAACGCCGAUGGGAGUUUGGUUCAUAGAUAGAUAUAUAUACACGAACAAUAUCUGGUGUCAUUUUACGGCAAGUCGAUACCAUCACGGUGGAAAAACCUUAGCCCUAAUUCACGAUGUCGCCACCGUUUAACACGGAGUCACCUUAGCGCAGCAGUUACACUCAGCUGUAAGCCCUGGCUUCCCAAAUCCCCCUCCCCCGAUCUCCAUGUGUGCCCCCCUCUCCUCGCACUGAGUAUAUGCCUAUCGUUAUUUAGUUCUCGUCAGUUCCAGAGUUUUGUUUUAAUCGGUUGAAAAGUGAGGAUACCUGAAAAUUCUCCCCCAAGAAUUCGAAAUUGUUGCGGGUCAAAGGUCUGGUCGACUUUGGCCCCAAAAACGUUUGAUAGUAGUGGGUCGAAAUGUGUGUGUUUGCUAACGCCAAGUGUCAUUAACAGCUCCCGUGGUGAGUUCACUCACGAUUUCAAUUUCAUUGGCCGGGAACUCAAUCGCACUGUAGAUAACGGAUGCUGUUAUGUUACGAGUGUUUUCACGAUUGAAUUACUUGGCCGAUGAGAUAGGACAGGUGUAUGUGUGAUAGUUUGUGAAAGGUUGUUAAGUCCUGGAUAGAUCCGACGCGACUUGGGUGGAUAUGUUCUGUGCAACGUCUUUUUUCUGUUCCGGAUUAAAAUAAAAAUCUGUACUCACUGCC